UGGGACCAGACUGCAGCACUAUCAAAUCUAACAUGCGUUGAGUUGAGUUGAGUUGGGACCACUGUGCUACAAGGAAGCUUGUUUCACUUCACCUCCCUUUGGAUUUUUUGUCACUUUAUUUAUUCUCUGCUGGAUACAGAGAACCUGGAUUUUUAUGUACCAGUGUCAACAAGUCCAAACUUGGAGAAAACUUGACAAAGCUGAGCCAGUCCCCCUGGCAUGCUGGAAGGUUUUCUGUAAGGAGUGAAUCUUUAGGAGUUCCUUCUGUUUUUGUAUUGCAGCUUUACUUUUUCUUUGGAGCCUGUGCCCUCUCCACCAGGCUUCCGUCCCAGGAUUGGUCAGAGAGCAGCCCAUCAGCAGCAGUGACAGUGGGGUUGUCCAGGGUCAUCUGAGGUCAGAGGUCCGGGGUCAGAGGCUGGAUGUAUAAGACGGCUUCAUGGGCCUGAAGGACCAUCUGGAGGAUGGAACAGGCCACAACCUCAAUCUGGGGCUGGAUUUGGACUACCUCCAUGUGGAAGGCACCGACCGCCAGGCCAGCUUGAGUGCCACAGCCGGCACUCACUCAGGAGUUUUGGAGGGGGAAGAGUCACCGGUGGGAGGCACCCAUAGCAGUGUCAGUAGUAGCAGCAUCAGCAGUAGUAGUAGUAGUAACUCCUCUGAAGAAAGUGCUGCGUCGGACAGCGAAGAUGAGCGGGGGAUCCACCAUGGCACUGGUUCUGGCGCUGAGACCCCCCAUCCGCACCCCUGUCACCCUGCUGGACUGGGCCUGCCACAAAGCCCCCCCCCUAGGGACCCCAAACUCCCCACCGACCCCCUCACAGAGUAUCGCUCCAAGAUGGAAUUUGCCCUGAAGCUGGGCUACUCUGAGGUGCUGGUUUUGCUGGUGCUGCGGAAGCUAGGGCCUGACGCCCUCAUCAACGACAUACUGGGAGAACUGGUCAAACUAGGCACCAGGACAGAGACGGAGGAGGCAGGGGAGUCUGCCGCCUCCCAGUCGUCCUCCUCCUCCUUAUCCUCCCCCUCUCUGGACUCCUCCAGACUGGACUGCUCCUCCCAGCUUCUGUUGGAUGACAAGGAGAACAUCAGGCCUGUGGUGGUGGAUGGGAGUAACGUAGCCAUGAGUCAUGGGAAUAAGGAAGUGUUCUCCUGUCAUGGCAUCCAGCUGGCUGUUGAUUGGUUCUUGGAGCGUGGUCACCGUGACAUCACUGUGUUUGUGCCCGCCUGGAGAAAGGAACAGUCCAGACCGGAUGCCCUCAUCACAGACCAGGAGAUAUUGCGGCGUCUGGAGAAAGACAAGAUCCUGGUGUUCACUCCGUCUCGUCGGGUCCAGGGCCGCCGGGUGGUCUGCUACGAUGACCGCUUCAUCGUCAAGCUGGCCUACGAGUCCGACGGCAUCAUCGUCUCUAACGACAACUACCGGGACCUGGCCAAUGAGAAGACAGAGUGGAAGAAGUUCAUUGACGAGCGGCUGCUCAUGUACUCAUUCGUCAAUGACAAGUUCAUGCCUCCUGAUGAUCCUCUGGGUCGCCAUGGUCCCAGUUUGGAGAACUUCCUGAGGAAGAGACCAGUGAUCCCAGAACACAGGAAGCAGCCCUGCCCCUAUGGGAAGAAGUGCACUUACGGCCACAAGUGUAAAUUCUACCACCCUGAGAGAGGCAGUCAGCCCCAGCGCUCUGUGGCCGACGAGCUGCGUGCCAGUGCCAAGAACUCCUCUUCCUCCUCCACUUCUUCCUCCAAGAGCCUGGGCUCUGCUUCGCUGGUGAAGAGCCACAGCAUGUCCAGCAGCUCCAGUGCAGACGGGCUCCCAGAACCCCACCGAGCCGCCCCAAAGAGGCGGUCGGACCCCGGCCUGUGCACCCCUCCCUACAACGACCUCCUGGAGGAGCGGCUGGGCGGGAGGAUCAAAUCAGAGGCCCGCAGAGGUAGUAGCAGCAGCAGUAGCAGCAGCUGUAGCAACAGCCUCCUGGUUCCUGCCUCUGGGGGUCCUCCUUCCAGCCAAGGCUUCUCUCUGCAGGAUUGGAGGGACCACAACGCAGGGAGGAACGGCUCCUGCAGAGCUCCAGGGCUGUUGGAGCUUGGUCACUCUGAGUCAUAUCCCACCUGUGAGUCCCCAAAGCUGGGCUACAACUCCCUAAUGAGGGCGUACUCCAGCCUAAACCUGGUGGUGCCACUGAUACCCGAGCGGCUGUUCCCAACUGACCUACGGACAGGCUUGCUGGCAUCUGACUGCAGCAGCGAGGGCAGCAUGAGCUCUGACUCCUUCUCCCCUGACCCCCUAUUGGAGGAUGGCCUCAAAUGCCACCACCCCCAUCACCACCACUGCUCCAGCCGCUACCCACACCACACCAACCACCCGCCCCCUGGUCUGACCCUGCACCCACAUGGAGGCUCCCACCAUAGCUACCCCCUAUCUCAGAGCAUGGGGAGGCCACAGGUUUUCAGCUUGGAGGAUCAUCCCUCCUCCCUUCACCACUUCAAGGCCCAUCUCACCUACCUUCCUCCCCAUCUUCAGCACCCAUCUGUGGGGAGCAGCUCUGGCUGUUCGGAGGACUACCCUCCCCAACCUCCACCCCAGACCUCCAGCCCCCACUGCCACUCUCACAGCUCAACUCAGGGGCAUAACCUGGGGGGCUCCACCUGGCAGGACAACAACAGCCUCCAGAACUCCCGGCUUUACGAGCACUCCCCUGUCCGCCCACGGAGGACCUACCCUGGGAUGGGACAGGAGCAGCGGCUGGCCAGCUGGGACUCCCACUACCAGCAGCUCCUCCAGCCCUGCUACGAGGCCUUCAACUUCCAGUCCCAGCCUGAGGGCCACGAACAACCCUGGCACUCUUACUGGCCCAGGGGGACACACUCGCCCCAUCCUCAACCCCCUUCCUCCUCCCAUCCUCCACCCCACCCCUCCAUGGACCCCUUGCACCAGGGGGGAAGAUGCCAGGAUGUGAGGGAUAAAGUGUUUGUCAAUCUAUGUAACAUCUUUCCUCCAGAGCUGGUGAAGGUGGUGAUGGAGAGGAACCCCCAUGUGAUGGACGCCCAGCAGCUGGCUGCAGCCAUCCUGGCUGAGAAGUCCCAGGCUCGCUACUGAGUACUGACACUACUGUAGUAGAGGAAAGAGGUGACGUGCCCAACUCUAUAGUCCUCCCAAAACAUCUACGAUACAGGGGGAGAUGUUUUUUAAUUAUAUUUUUUAAGGAGAAUCCGAGCUACCUUAUUGUUGUCCGUUACUUUUGUGCGGUAUGAGACCACCUCAAGCACUUACGGUCAGGAUUGUUUAUGGUGUGUGGGUAGGAGUGAACAUGUGUGUCAGCAUUAUUUCAGGAGACUCUUUGAAUGGGAUGUGUUGCUUAAAUGUAUUUAUUUUGUAUGUUUUAAAUUAUUUUUAUUGUCUUUAUAUUUUGUUAUGGCACUUUUCGUUGCUUUUUUUAAUCAACAUUUUGCCAAUCAUAUCAUAAAAUCCUGAGGUGUUAACACGGGGUGAAUUCUGGGAUUCCAAAUCGAAGGUAUUGUUUGUUGUCAUAAACAUGUUACUUCCAAACAUUUCAAACUAAAAGACAAAGCAAAUUCAUAAAUCUAAGCUACACUGAUUUAGUUGUAUCCCUGUAAUUAGUUCAUUAACGAUUCAUAAAAGCAGGUGGUGAAUUGAAUAACGUUGUUGAAAUAAUUUGAUGAACUUCCCCUUUAGAGAAGUGAAGAACUCCAGCUGUUAAAGGCCUGGUAAAGUCCAUGUGAAAACCCCAGAGCAUUGUUUACUCUCACAGUUCCUCUCUGGGGAAAGCUCUGAAGCUUACUUCACAGUUCCUCUCUGGGGAAAGCUCUGAAGCUUACUUCACAGCUUGAGAGAUUGUGAUAUUGAUUUUCACUUUCUUUUUUGAACCACUUUUUUGUCCUCCAACAACCAUUCUGGCCAUUGAAAUCAGAUGGUUCUUAAGGAUAUGCAAACUAGUGCAGGUGCAGGUGUUUAUCUUAACGUUUUUAUUUAAAUGUAUGAAUGUGUUAAUUUAUUAUUGUCCCUUUGUCCUUUUUGUUGUGUGAGAUUAUUUUAGUUGAAGGGGGUUUCUGUUGCUAGGGUUUCAUAACAAGAGAAGACAUCAGGUGUAACCAUCCGGACAGACAGACAGAUGGUGCUGUACUGUAACUGUCUAUGUACUUAACUCUGUGGACAAGGUAAUUCUCUACCUCCUGGCUUAGAAUCCAUUGUAAGUUGCCACAAUUGCUCAGUGAAUAGGAAUAGUUAGGCAAUGACACCGUGUUGGGAAAUGCCUUGCUCACACACAGCAGGGACUUACAUCUACCCGUUACAGUCCAAAACACUGGACUUGUGUUGCCAAGGUAACCUGACCACAACAAACUUUAGUGGCCAUGAGAAUCCCUCUCCUCGUUGAUACAAAUUGUAUCCUAUUAACUUAAACCAGAUCAUUGUUUUAUAUGAGAAUAUGUAUACAAAAAGUAUUUUGAGAUUCAUGUGCCGUAAUUGGUCACAUUUGUUAAUGUUCUAAAAUAUAUUUUGGGAAAUGUUGUAUUGUGUUUUUAAGAAUUAUUUGGGAAAGAAAAGGCAUCAAAUGCAAUUUCUUCCAACUACUGUACUGUGAUUGGUGAUCAACAGACACAUAGGACAGAAAAUAUUGGUUGUUUUAUUAUCAUUCGUCUGAAAGUGUGUUUUCUCGUUGGCUGGUCACAAUCUAACUCUGGUCACAGUCAUGUGAGUGUGACUGUGGGGGUCAGCUUUAUGGGGAAGCAAAGAAUGUUUUCUUCCCCAUCAGCCCCUAUUGAUGGUCAUGAUCUUUCACUUAACAUGUUUUUCUACCGUGGUUCUCAGCUCUCUCAUUAAACUAAGCCUAUCCCUUCAGAGGAUCAGUGGAACACAGCUGACUUGACAAAGACAAUACUUGCUCUCUGGAACCAAUUUCUCAACAUGACAACAGCCAAAAGGUUCAAAUAUGUUUGUUUUUGUUUUUUACAUAUAGGAAACCAUGUCCAUUCACAUAGUAGUAUUACAUGGCAAGUCACUGAAUAGCAGUGUUCUUUUCUGGCCCCCUGAGUUGGUUGGCAUAUUAGCUUUGAGCUGAGCGAGCAUGUGACAUUGUGGCCGAAUAAAACCGCCACCCAAGACUUGACGUCUAGCACCUUUCUAAAAAAAGAGCCUUCUCAUUAGCUGCAGGGCACUGUGUGCCAGUGUGGGCCAGUGUGUGUGCCAGUGUGUGUGCCAGUGUGUGCCAGUGUGUGUGCCAGUGUGUGUGCCAGUGUGUGUGCCACGCUGUGCC